CUUUAACUGUAUCUGUUUAAGAGGGAAACUUCAGCGUAUGAAUUGGAUGAGAUAGAAAUGUGAUUAUAGGAUAUAUUAAUUUUUGAUGUAAGGGAUUAUACGUCUGGACAUCAACAACAACAACAACAAUAACAACGAGAACAACAUCAACGAAAAACAAUACUUCGUGUGUCUAUGAAACAAGUAUAUUCACUGUCAAAAUUUUUAUCUUCACUCAACGUGACCAAGCAGCAUCCUGAACAUGAAGUUAAUGUUUCUCGGUUUUAUUGGUAUUUUAAUGUUAUCAACGUCAAACAAUGCUUCCGCCUCGCCAUGGUUUUGUAAAGGUCUGGAAUGUCCGAAAUUCAAUCUCUUGAACAAGACAAAGGAUUAUGAGGUUCGUCAGUAUGGAUCUUUAACCUGGGUAACAACAUCACAUAUUGGUCAAUGGAAAUCAGAUAUUCUUGGAGAAUUAUUAUUUAAAAAUUUGUUUAGUUAUAUAGAAGGCAACAAUACCAUGAAAAAACAGUUAGAUCUAGCAGUGCCGUUGCUAACCAAACUCGAGUCAGCAGGUGAUAGAGGAAGUAUAUACACAAUGCAUUUACUCAUACCACGUGAAAAUAUUGAUCAUCUACCAAGUCCACUAAAUACUAAUCUUACUUUUAUUACAAUACCACCAUCGACUUAUUAUAUACGUUCUUUCGAUGGCGUUGCUUAUGAUAGACAAUAUAUGAAGGUAUUACAAGAACUUGUGAACGCUAUAAAUGACACUGGGGCGUAUCCUGAUGAUUUUUUCUAUACUGCUACGUAUGAUCACCCACAGGUCAAAGAAAAUCGUCACAAUGAAGUUUGGUUGUUGAAAAAGGAAAAGAUACCAUAACUUUACUAGAUACUUUUCAUUAAGAGCCUUUUUCUUCAUAUUCGCUAGAUAAUCUGUGUAGAGAACCCGCCAAAUCACAAAUGAAAUGAAGUCUCACGUCCUGCUAUUCUGUGCCUGAUCGGGCUAACGAAAACAGAUCAAAAUUGAAGAUGUUAGAUAUAUUAAUUGUCCGAAAUAAAAACAAUACUG